GGUGGGUAUGUGUCGUGGACUGGUACGUCAUUAGCCGGAAGGGUGUCGUGGACCUGUAGAGAGCUCCAUCUAGCAGCGUCAGUACUUCACCUGCCAGGAGGACCGACAACAGGCGAGAGCCGGGCAGUGCAAUGAAGAUCUGUUAUAUUUUGCUGUUUCCUAUCCUGGGACUCAGUUUUGCUGUCCCAAUUGAAAGAGCACCACCAAAACAAGAGGAGGAGCGCCCUGCCGAAUCCGCAGACACUGGCCUGUACUACGAUCGCUAUCUGCGAGAGGUAAUUGACGUGCUGGAAACAGACAAUCAUUUCCGCGAGAAACUUCAAACUGCCAAUGCAGAUGACAUCAAGAGUGGGAAACUCAGCAAAGAGCUGGACUUUGUAAGUCACCAUGUGAGGACCAGACUGGAUGAGCUCAAACGACAGGAAGUGUCAAGGCUCCGCAUGCUAAUUAAAGCCAAGAUGGAUGCCACCAUGGAGGAAAAUGUUCAGAUUGAUCACCUUGCUUUAUUGAAGCAGUUUGAGCACUUGGACCCCCAGAACCAACACACGUUUGAGGCCCGGGAUUUGGAAUUAUUGAUCCAGGCUGCCACAAAGGAUCUAGAAAACUAUGACGCUGCUCGACAUGAAGAGUUCAAACGCUAUGAGAUGAUGAAGGAACAUGAGAGAAGGGAAUAUCUCAAGUCACUGGAUGAGGACAAAAGAAAAAUGGAAGAGGCUCACUAUGAAGAGCUGAAGAAAAAGCACAGGGAGCAUCCCAAAGUAAACGUACCUGGGAGCAAGGAUCAACUGAAAGAGGUCUGGGAGGAGACUGAUGGCCUGGAUCCUAAUGAUUUCAACCCCAAAACCUUCUUCAAUUUACAUGAUACCAAUGGGGAUGGAGUUCUGGAUGAACAAGAACUGGAGGCCCUCUUUACAAAGGAGCUGGAGAAGGUCUAUGAUCCAAAGAAUGAGGAAGAUGAUAUGGUGGAGAUGGAAGAGGAGAGGCUACGUAUGCGAGAGCACGUCAUGAAAAACGUGGAUGCAAAUCAUGAUCGCUUGGUAACACUGGAAGAGUUCCUGAAAUCUACAGAGAAUAAGGAUUUCAAUAACCCUGAUGGCUGGCAGACAGUGGAGGAAACCCAGAUUUACAGUGAAGAGGAAUUGCGACGAUUUGAGCAGGAGUUGGUUGCUCAGGAAAGUGCUUUAAACCAAAGAGCAGAAGAACUACGCAAAGAACAUGAGGUUCUUCAACAGAGAAAGAUCGAACUGGAUGCCCAGAAAAAGGAAUAUCAACAGGCGGUCAUUCAGAUGGAACAACAUAAGGCUCAGCAAACUGGAGCAGCUGCAGCCCCAGAUGUUGGCCCCAAUGGGGAGCUCAAGUUUCAGGCACAAGUACCAGACGCAGCAGCUGAAAAGGACAAAAUUGGAAAUAAUUCCUUCCAGUGUGUGAAAAAAGGAGAUGGGAAUCUGGACCGGGGUAUUACGGAAACAGUAAAGAAACUUCGGGAGGAACACCAUUUUCAGAAUCGGGCACGAUCCGAGUUCACCACCACACCCAGGUAUCGAAAUUCAGAAACCUGCGUGAGGGGCAAGCCCGGGUCAAUCCGAAGGGGGGACGAGCCCAGCGGGAACAGCAAGGAUUUCCCCCAGUUCACCCGGAGCCCUGAGAAGGAACCAAAGGUGUCUAUUAUGCUUAAAGCCGCUGUCAGGGAAGGCCCUACAUCCCCCAG